AUGGGGGAUGCUGCAGACCUCAAGGAAAUGAGAAAGACAUUUAUUGUUCCUGCCGUCAAACCUUUUGACCAUUAUGAUUUCACCAGGGCUAAAAUCGCCUGUAAUGUAUCGUGGCUGGUGGCCAAAGCCUUUGGGACAGAAAAUGUUCCAGAAGAAUUGCAAGAACCAUUUUACACAGACCAGUAUGACCAGGAACACAUUAAACCACCUGUUGUUAACUUGCUGCUAUCUGCUGAACUCUACUGUCGUGCUGGAAGUCUUAUUCUCAAGAGUGAUGCUGCAAAACCACUUUUGGGUCAUGAUGCUGUUAUCCAGGCCUUGGCACAGAAAGGUCUUUAUGUCACUGAUCAAGAGAAGUUGGUAACCGAAAGAGAUCUGCACAAGAAACCCAUUCAGAUGAGUGCUCAUUUGGCCAUGAUUGAUACCCUGAUGAUGGCAUAUACAGUAGAGAUGGUCAGUGUUGAAAAAGUGAUUGCAUGUGCUCAGCAGUAUUCAGCCUUCUUCCAAGCCACAGACCUGCCCUAUGACAUUGAGGAUGCUGUCAUGUACUGGAUAAAUAAGGUAAAUGAACAUUUGAAAGACAUUAUGGAACAGGAACAAAAACUAAAAGAGCAUCAUAGUGUAGAAACUCCAGGAGGUCAAAAGUCUCCUACCAAAUGGUUUUGGAAACUGGUUCCUGCUCGUUACAGGAAGGAGCAAACACUGCUUAAGCAGCUGCCUUGCAUUCCAUUGGUAGAAAAUCUGCUGAAGGAUGGUACAGAUGGUUGUGCUUUAGCUGCUCUGAUCCACUUCUACUGUCCUGAUAUUGUCAAACUGGAGGAUGUUUGUUUGAAGGAGACCAUGUCAUUGGCUGAUAGCUUAUAUAAUCUACAGCUCAUACAAGAAUUUUGUCAGGAAUAUUUGAACCAAUGUUGCCAUUUCACUCUUGAAGAUAUGCUCUAUGCUGCUGCUUCAGUAAAGAGUAAUUAUUUGGUGUUCAUGGCAGAACUUUUCUGGUGGUUUGAAGUGGUGAAGCCAUCAUUUGUACAGCCUCGUGUUGUCAUUAAUCCCCAAGCUGAACCUGUGAAAGAUGCAUCUUCUGUUCCUAUUUUGAAUGCUAAUAGAAGAAAUUAUAUGGAUAGUUCACGUGGUUCUGACUUUAUAGCCAGUGUGGAGGGUCCAACUUUUACACCAUCUCAUCAACUUGUGCCUGUUAGGCAUACACACUAUCAGCCUUAUUCAGCUGCUCCAGGAGUCAUUAGAAGAUCCACAUCUAUGUCUUAUGUGGAUGGAUAUGUAGGGACUUGGCCCAAAGAGAAAAGAUCUUCGAUGCAUGGAGUUUCAUUUGACAUUUCUUUUGAUAACGAAAACAGUAUUCAGACAUCUACUCCAAACAGAGGAAUUACUAGAUCUGUUAGUAAUGAAGGCCUUAUGCUAAAUAUCAACCGCAUGCCCAAACAUAUUAGGAAAAACCUGUCCUUCAAGCCAGUAAAUGGAGAAGAGGAAACUCAAGAUAUUGAAGAAGAAAAGGACAUAGUAUCUCAUAUCAACCCAAAGGCCAGUGCAUCUCUUAACACAAAUGAAAGGAAUGCCAAUGAAAACAGCCAGUACAAGCUUCCAAAUGGAGCUCUGCAAAACAGGGUAGUUAUGGAUGAUUUUGGCAAUCAGAUUGAGACUCCAAGCAUUGAAGAGGCUUUGCAGAUAAUUCAUGAUACUGAAAAAUCCCCCAUUGUUAUCCAGCCAGACCAAAUUACAAAUGGGUUCUUUCUUCAUAACCAGGAAAUUAGCAUCUUGAAUUCAAAUAUUAAACUAAAUCAGCCUAAUCCUGAUAUCAUUACAGACACAAAAGUUGCCCUAAGUCCUGUGACUGACAAUACUGAAGUGGAUACUGGAAUACAUGUUCCUUCAGAAGAUAUUCCAGAAACUAUGGAUGAGGAUUCUUCUUUGAGAGAUUAUACUGUAAGCAUGGAUUCUGACAUGGAAGACCCACCUAAAUGUCUUCAGGAUUAUGAUAUACGAGCUAGCAACCACAGAGAGCUAUUAAGUCCCUGUCCAAGCUCAAUAAGUACCAAAUCGCAAGCUGGCAGCAGUGCUUCUUCAAGCUCGGGAGUCAAAAUGACCAGCUUUGCAGAGCAGAAAUUCAGGAAACUGAAUCACACAGAUAGUAGAAGUAGUGGAAGCAGUUCUCAGAAAACUACCCCAGAAGGCUCUGAGUUGAAUAUUCCUCAUGUUGUUGCUUGGACUCAUAUACCUGAGGAAACACCUGUUCCUCAAGGAAGAGACACUACACAGUUGCUUGCUUCAGAAAUGGUCCAUCUUAGGAUGAAGCUGGAGGAAAAGAGGCGAGCCAUAGAAGCACAGAAGAAGAAAGUAGAAGCUGCUUUUACUAAACAGAGACAGAAAAUGGGAAGGACAGCAUUUCUUAAUGUAGUGAAAAAGAAAGGUGAUGGAAUAUCACCUCUUCGAGAAGAAGCAGCUGGAGCUGAAGAUGAAAAAGUAUUCACUGAUAGUAAUAGAUUGAAUGAAAAAGACACACAAAAACCAGUUGAACAAAUUAAUAAGACUGCAGAGGUAAUAAAGGAAAGUGCUGAAAAUUCUCAGGCCAAGUGGUUAAAGUCCCCUAAUACACCUAUGGAUGCUGAAAAGCAAUGGAACUUAGUGAGCCCCGCAGAAGAAACCUUAAAUGAAGGGGAUAUUUUAGAAUAUACAAAAUCUAUUGAAAAGCUAAAUGCUUCUCUACAUGUCCUACAGCAGGAAAUGCAACGCCUAUCCCUUCAGCAAGAGAUGUUGAUGCAAAUGAGGGAGCAGCAGGCCUGGGUUAUUUCACCUCCUCAGCCUUCACCUCAGAAACAAAUCCGAGAGCUUAAAUCUUCAAUGAGGCAAACAGGACUGUCAUCUCCUAUUGCACCAUUUGCUUUGGAACCUCCUCGCCCUACUUAUCAAUCACCACAGUCUUCUAAUAGGAAGAAUGCCUCUUUCCCCGUUAAAAUGCAAAGGACUCCUAGGCCAAAUGAACUGAAAAUAAUACCUUUUAAUCGCACCUUAACUGCUCCACGGUCUGUGGAUAGUCUUCCUCGUUUGAGAAGAUUUUCUCCAAGUCAGGUUCCCAUUCAGACUAGAUCAUUUGUAUGUUUUGGAGAUGAUGGAGAACGUAUCUCUGAACCUCAAUUAAAAAGAAAUCUUUUGAAAGAAGUCAAAACUACAGAGGAUGGAGCAAAAGAACAACAACAACAAAAAGGUACUUUGGAAGAAUGUGAACAAAAAGUGAAGGAAAAGGAGAUCAAGCCUUUUGAAUGUAAGGUUUCUGAAGUAUUAUCUCAGCCCAUCACAGAAACUGUCUGCCUCACCCCAAAUGAAGAUCAGCUAAGCCAACCUGUUUUGCCAACACCGAUUCCUAAAACAGCUAACCUAAUUGAAGUUUCCCUCUCAGAUUUGAAACCACCUGAAAAGGCUGAAGUAUCUGUUGAGAAAUAUGAAGGUGAGAGUGAUAGAGAACAAUUCGAGGAUGACCAAAAAGUGUGUUGUGGAUUCUUUUUUAAGGAUGAUCAAAAGGCAGAAAAUGAUAUGGCAGUGAAACGGGCAGCAUUACUGGAGAAACGGUUGAGAAGGGAAAGAGAGACUCUACUUCGAAAGCAGCAGCUGGAAGCAGAGCUAGAACAUAAGAAGGAAGAGACAAGGCGCAAGACAGAGGAAGAACGUCAAAAGAAAGAAGAUGAAAAAGCACGUAGAGAAUUUAUUAAGCAAGAAUAUAUGAGACGGAAACAGCUGAAGCUCAUGGAAGAAAUGGAUACUGUAAUAAAGCCACGCCCACACUCAUCCAAACAAAAAAAGCCACGUCCAAAAUCUAUUCAUAGAGAUCAUAUUGAAUCACCCAAAACUCCAGUUAAAGGUCCACCAGUAUCUAGCCUCUCAUUGGCAUCACUGAACACAGGAGACAAUGACAGCGUGCAGUCAGGCAAGAGAACGCCAAGGUCUGAGUCUGUGGAAGGAUUCUUAUCUCCAAGUCGUUGUGGUAGUCGCAAUGGGGAAAAAGAUUGGGAAAAUGCAUCUACAACUUCUUCAGUGGCCUCUGCUACAGAAUACACAGGACCAAAGCUCUACAAAGAACCCAGUGCAAAAUCCAAUAAGCAUAUUAUUCAGAAUGCUCUGGCUCAUUGUUGCUUGGCUGGAAAAGUAAAUGAAGGUCAGAAGAAAAAAAUAUUGGAGGAAAUGGAGAAAUCUGAUGCCAAUAACUUCUUAAUCCUAUUCCGGGAUUCUGGCUGCCAGUUCAGAUCUUUGUAUACAUACUGUCCUGACACUGAAGAAAUCAAUAAGCUGACUGGGAUAGGCCCCAAAUCAAUCACAAAGAAAAUGAUAGAGGGGCUAUAUAAAUACAACUCUGACAGGAAGCAAUUUAGCCACAUACCUGCUAAAACUAUGUCUGCCAGUGUUGAUGCAAUUACCAUUCACAGCCAUUUGUGGCAAAGCAAGAGACCAGUAACUCCUAAAAAACUCUUACCUACCAAGGCAUAGUGGGGAAAAUAUUUGCUUCAGACAAUUGUGGUAAACUUGCACUUCAUCUUUACUGCCUAUAGAAAAUAGGUUUCUAGUUGCCAACAAGACUUAUAGAACUUGAAAUUGGACAAGCUCUUUUAUCAUCCACAACUGGAAUGUAAACACAGUAUUUAGGAGUACAGAAGAUUGUCACUUAGGUGAUACAACUACAAGUGAUAAUGGAAAUGUCUGAUUCAUGUGUGGAGAUGUGUAUGUGCUAAUAGAGACUAUAGGGUACAUUUACUCUAUAUUUUGAUUAGAUACGUAAGCACUGAAUGUUGUUCAUCUGCAAUUACAUUUUUUACAUUUCUUGCCUUAUGCUUUUGUGUUUGUGCUUGUCUUGAAAUUUAAUUUUCUUGCUGUUUUUUCCUUCACUUUUCUUAUUAUUUUCAGUGUCAUUGAAUUUUACCUAAUGAAUCCCAUCAUGAAAUACAAACAAAAAAGUGGUCUGUUAUGAGGUACAGAACACUCUAUAGUUAUUCUAAGACAUCCUGGUCUUGUUCCGAAAGACCCUCAUUGUAUGUUCUAAUCAUUACUGAAAGACUCAUCCCACUGAGUAUUUCCAGUUCCAUUUCAACAUCGUAAUACUGGUUUGUUUAUUUUUUUUUUAAAUUAAAUAUUAAGGGAAUUCUUUGAGCUGCUUAAAGGGAGGUUUCCUUCAGAUUAAAUUAUUUAGCAACUAAAAUAUU